UUCAUUAUUUUACAUUCAACACACCCGAGAAGUUGCUCCUCUGAUAGAAUUAGAAGAGAAUAAAAUUAUUUUCAAUAUGAUAUAUAAUAUUGCAUUAAUUUUUUUUGUAAUCACAAUAAUGGACUUCAAUCAAUUAAUUCAGUGCGGAAGUAUUCCAACCAGUUGUAAUAAUUCUGAUCACGACACUAAUACAGAAGACGAGAAUCUGUACCGUUCGAGAUUUACAACGACUUUCGAAUCGUUCUUCCCACUCAUCGAUAAUGAGUACUGGAUAAAAGCGCGAAGGGAACCAGCAUUUCAAGAAAAUAUUUCCCUCUCGAUGUAUCGUUAUUACAUGGCUCAGCACUUGUAUGCUCGUCUAGUGCAAAUAAAAUCUGCGAAGGGUUUGGCAAGCAGUGAUGAGAAGAAAUACGCCAAUCACGUCCAAUCACUGGCCCCAUCAGUCCCAUACGGUGCAUUCACGUAUUUGAGUUCGAUAGGUGACAUAGAAGUUCUGGAAAUAAUCGACGAAUACGAGAUGGAUUUUCGAAGAUUUUUCGAGUACUCGUUCAUCGCAUGGCCGAACCAAGCUGGUCAUUUUGGACCCAUCGACUGGGACAAUCAUUUCCUGUAUAUGUCCUUUCCAGCCCCAGUAAUGCUCGUCCUUGCGAUUCAAGCAGAUCUUGAAGAUGGAAAAUCAUUCUGGACACUAAUCUCGAAAUAUAUUCCAGAUUCCCAUUACUCGAUGUUGCAACCAACAGCCAAUUUAUUAGGAUGGAAACCACCUGCUCUCGUUACAACCUCCCAACGUCAGAAGCUCCAGUUGUCUGGAAUAACUGGAGACGGUUUUGACGUAAUUAAUUCACAGUUCCAAUUCAAUCCAAAACUCAUGGCUAUGGUCCAUUCUUAUUUCAAAGCUUGUCCUCAGGCGAUUGUCAAUAUAAAAGAACGAUACAAGAGCAAGAAGCAGAAUUUUGGUGCGAUGGAGCAAUUGGCAUGGCUGGAACCAGAGGUUGAUACUUAUUCAUUACCCAGCAAAACCUUCGCUUUCAGUGAAAAGCAUGUACUGGCCGUUUUGCAUCCACUCCAGACCGGUACCGAAUAUUUGAACAAAUUAUCACUCAUCAUGGGAUUUCGGGUUAAUAAAUACAUAUAUCCUGAUGAUUGGGCGAUUUUUCAAUGGAGUCCCAAUAGAACUAUUCCUCAAGAUUGGAUAUUGACGAGAAAUCGGAUUUUCGAAUUCGGGGAUAUCGGUGAAAUUAGUGGAACUACUAUUCCCUUUUCUUAUGAGAGAGAUGGGAUCAGAACAGAAUUUCUCGAGAGGUGUUAUGAAGGACAGCCCAUGUAUCAGUGAUUAUAAAUUAAAUUGUAUAGUAAUUGUGAUUGCAUUUAAUUGAAUAUCCGGAGUUUUGUAAAAGAAAAAAUUGA